UUAACCACUUCCCGUCUGGUCCAUGUAUAUAAACGGGUGGACGGGAGCAGUGCAGGGGCGGGUGGUCGUUUAUAAAUGUCCUCCCCACUCCCUGCUUGUGUGCACUCCCUGGGAGCGUGCAGCACCGCGAACUGCGAUCCUCUGCGUAAAGUCCCGAUCAUGUGAUCACUGAUUGGUCAGUCAGUGAUCACAUCAUUGCUUACUACGUGUGAAAUCUGUGAAUGAUCACAGAGAUCACAUGGUACAAGGCUAUUCAUAACAGCCUUGUACCAUGUGACAAGCUGUGACCAAUCACAGCUCACACAGUAUUUCUCAAUGGCUGCAUGAAUACAGUCAGAGAGGAGAAAUGACUGCUUUUACAG